UAGUUGUAUAUGUAUUGGACCCCCACAAGAGCCUGUGUAGCAAGCAAGCAAGCAAGCAACAAAACAACAGAAAAGUUCCGUACUAAAAGCAACAUACAGAACCUUAUAACACCACCUUUCCAGCUAUUCUUUAAUUAACUUGUUUUCAAAACGACAUGCAAAUGAAACCCUAGUUAGAAAUAGACACCACUGUAUAUAGUAUUAGUAAUUAAUUCAAUUCCCUUUCUAGCAAUUUUUUUUUCAUUAUAUAAAGCUUCAUUCACAUAAGUCAUGUUUCCUAUAACUAGAUCUCAUUGUUAAUUAGAUUCUAAACACUUUUUUCCUUUUUAUAAGAUGGAGGAAUCUCAGAAUUUGAUAUGGAUGAAAAGGAAACAGGUCUUGAACUCGGAUAUUGAAGUAGGAGUGCCAUCAUUUGGAGGUAUGAGCAACAACAAUAGCUCUUGGGAGGAAAAGGCUUUUGCAGAAGACGCGGCUAGAAUACUCGGCGGAUGUAUAUGGCCACCAAGAUCUUACUCAUGUCACUUCUGUAAAAGAGAGUUUAGGUCUGCUCAAGCUUUAGGUGGUCACAUGAAUGUUCAUAGAAGAGACCGAGCUAGGCUCAAACAAACUCUUACCAACCAUAAUGAUUUUACAACAAUUAGUAGAGUUUCAACUGCAUCUACACAAGAAAAUUGUUUUCAGAUUCAGCCCAACGCGUCUUCAAUGAGAUGGGGGAAUUCGAAUAACCACAUGGAGUUUCAUGAUUCUGAAUCAAAAGGGCUACUAGUUCAUGCAAGGGAACAAAUUUUCAAAGGGUAUGGUUGUAAUGAUUAUGUUGAAACAAGUUUGUCUAUGGGACAAAAUAAUUCAAUGUUUGUCCAAAAAUUGCAAAUUGAUGGUGAUUCAUGUGGGGACAAAGGGAUAAAUUAUAAAAAACCAAAGACAUCAGCUUCUAUUUCUUCUUCACUUCCUGUCUUGCUGAAGCCAUGUUUGAAUGAUAGAUGUCUAACUUUUCAGUCUGCAGUUGGAAUUAAGCCUGGAAUGGAAGACUUGGAUCUUGAACUCAGGCUAGGGAAAUUAACACAGAAAGUUUAGCAUAUAGCACAGAUAUAAAUUGUAAUGGAAUAUUAACUGUCACUGUUUUAAUUUGUUCUUUUUCUCUUCUGUUUUCUUAGCUGGAAAGGUGUUGUUAUAAGCUAGCUUCUCCAUAUUUCCUUAAUUAUUUGUCUAAUCAAAACCUUGAAGAGAAUGAUAAGAUUUCAUUCUUUUCAUGAAAUGUUUAACUUGAAUACUAAUUCUAUCUCUAGUUACAUGUGACAGUCUUAUCUUAUUUUAUUCGUUGAAUAUAUGUAUAUGUGAUCACUUUGAUUUUCCAUUUUAGAGUAUAAAUACAGU